AUGAUCUCCACAAAUAUAAUUGAUGAUGAUGAGAUGAUAAUUGUAAUAGGAACAAGGAACAGGCCAGGAUUUCAAUAUAUCAUUCGAAUUACAUUGUCCGAUGAAUCACAUGGUAGUGAAUCGGUACAUGGAAAAAUUUCAUUAAAAUUUCUUGAUUGAGAAGAUGAAGGUGAAACAUUGACAUUCAAUAAUCAUGGUCAAACAUUUGAAAAUGGCCAUUCAUAUUCAAGUUUAAUAGUAUCGGAUAUGAAACCAUCGGAUUUGGAUCGAAUUCAAUUCAAAUGGUCACAUGGUUUCAAUAUAAUUCACCAUAGAAUGUACAUUGAAAGUCUUGAAGUGAUACCACUUUCCAGUACAAGUGCAACAUUAAAAACGCCACAUCAUUUAUCAUUUAAAACGGAUGAAUUCGGUAUACGUGAUGGACAAGAAGUGAUUUUCAAAAGAGAAUGAUGAUUAUGUUCAACAAUUAUAUGAUUUUAUAUAUUCGAAUAUAUUUUAAACAUUGAACUUUUAGAUCUUUAAAUUCCAAUUUAUCAAUAAGCAACUGUUUUGUAAUA